AUGAACACAGCUAUGAUGGAGAUAUUAACAACUAAAAGAAACAAUACAAGGAAUCAAAUAUUUUUAGGUAUAGAUCGUUCGCAAAUCCCUUCUCCUACUAAUGUAAAUAUGACGAACAAUACUGAAGAAACAGUCCAUCCUGCUGUAAUCACUUCCUUAAUGGUAAUUAUUCCAUUCAGGUCUUUACAUAUUCUCUGUCAACUUGAAGCAUGGUCAGUUGCUUUGACAUGGUUUUUCAUAUUCACAACAAUUGGAGAUUCUCUUCCGAAAUUUUUACCAACAAACAAGAAAUGGCCUUUGACAAUUCUUACCAUCGCGUGUACUCUUCUUGUGGUUGGUAUUUUUAUUGCAUACUAUUUUGAUAAUAUGCCAGCAGUAAUCACACUUGAUCUAAUCGCAAUCGCUGUAUUAACCUUGUUAAAUAUGACUGUGGGUCAAGCAACACUUGGAAAAUUUCGUCUUACUGAUGGUGAUGCUUGUUUAGCCUCUUUAUUACUGUACAUUACAUUGAUGCUACAACAAUUUACAGGGUAUUCAAAUGUCUCACAUUUUUCUAAGAAAAUACACAACAAAUGUUCAACUGAAAACAAUAACGAAAUUGUUUUGUUUAAAUUAAUUAACCAAACAUUUUAUCACUAUCACAAAGAAAUAUUGUUAAAACUGUAA